UGCCGCAUAUUUUUCUAACAUGAGCUCGUUCGAGAAAGUGGUUGUCAUCGACGGUAAGGGCCAUCUUUUAGGUCGCCUUGCCUCCAUUGUUGCUAAGCAGGCUCUCAGCGGUCAGCGCGUUGUUGUCGUUCGCUGCGAGGAGUUGAACGUUUCUGGUUCUUUCUUCCGAAAUAAGUUGAAAUACCACGCUUUCCUCCGCAAACGUUGCGUUGUCAACCCCGCCCGUGGUGCUUUCCACUUCCGCGCCCCCUCCCGCAUCUUUUACCGUGCCAUCCGUGGCAUGAUCCCCCACAAGACUGCCCGUGGUGCUGCUGCUCUUGACCGCAUCAAGCUCUUUGAAGGUGUUCCCCCACCAUAUGACCGUAUGAAGCGCAUGGUCGUCCCCUCAGCCCUUCGCGUCCUCAAGCUUAAGCCUGGUCGUAAGUACUGCACUGUCAAGCGUGUCUCUCACGAGGUGGGCUGGAAGUACAACGAUGUUGUUGCCAACCUCGAGGAGAAACGCAAGGUCAAGUCCAAGGCCUUCUACGAGCGCAAGAAGGCUAUUGCCAACGUUCGCGCCAAGGCUGCUGCCUCCAAGUCUUCCGAGUUAACUGCUGUUCAGGAGAAGAUCGCUGCUCUUGGUUACUAAAUUUCUGUAGAAGGCUAUUGCAUCCAAACACCCUCCUCCAGCUGUACAGCUUUUUACUGAAAUAAGAACCAGAACACAAGAAAAACAACUAUCAAGAAGC